GACUUUUUUUCUUAUUAUAAUUGGAAUAUUUAAUUGAACCACAUUCCCGAACAGUGAGUGCAGCUGCUCUCCUGCAGGCGGCACUUUGGGUGUUGCUGAUGGGACUGGCUUUGUGUUUUUUGAUGACUCAUCAAGGUGCUUUAUAAAAGGAACUUCAUCAGACACAAGUCACUUGCCACAAUACACAACAUCAUGGAAGAAGACAAUGAUAUUGCAAAGGCGUGGGACACCUGUCGAGAAGUCCCCGUCAUCGAAGAUGAGCAAACCCCCUGGAAAAUGAUCAAACUACUAAAGAUCAUCUCUCUUUUUCUGGUGGCGGUGAUAGUGUUCGGACUGGCACUAUGCAGCAAGGCUUCUUUCCUCGUACUUAUCACAUUGGCCAAUGAAGGAACAAAAACCCUGACGGCAGAGCACAAACCCGUCGCUCUGCUGUGCAUCGGCUGCUCCCUCAUCUCCUCCAGUGUCCUUUUAUUUCUCAAAAGCAUCUGGAAGGCGUGUUACAAAACAUCAAAAGUGCCAGCCACAAAAACGAUGGCCCUGGUUCUGUUCUUCGAGUUUCUGGUGUCUGUCGGUGCAGCGAUCCUCACCAUCGUGGCGAUGCCACACUUGGACAUUGUGACCAACGUGACGAUACUGAACGGCGUAGCCGUCCUCUCCUCGCUCCUGCAGAUGAUCGCUCAGUGCACCGCCAAGGAAAGGAACCGCUUCCUGCUGCCGUCCAUCACCGCCUUCCUCCUCAUUUUGCUCGGUUAUGUCCUGUUCCUCGUCUUGUACAUCAUGAAGAAUCCUUCUGAUAUCAAGAUGGCCGUUUGGGUGGGUCUGGCUGUCGGUGGGUCCUUCCUGGUGUCGUUCAACUGGUGGGAGAACUACUUCCGAUUGAUCAGCGAGAACAGCAGCUCCGUCUUCCUCAAGGACCUGUGUAAAGACGUCAGAAAAUGCCAGAACCUCCUGCACAUCCUCUCCAGCCUUCUCAGGAUUGUGGUGACCGCCUGUGUGCUCGGAGCCUACGUUCCUCUGGCAAAAAUGGACUGGAGCGUCGUGACCUCCAUCCCGAGCCGCGAGACAAGGAUCGUAGCCAUCACCGUCGGGGUGCAGCUGAUCUCGUCAGCACUCUGCCACUGGUUCGCUGUCGCAGCCUGCAAGAUGCAUGCCCUGCGACGGUGCUUCAUCAUGCCUCUGUACCUGGCCUCUCUGGCCGUCAUGGCUCUGCUAGUCAUCCCCGUCAUCGUUUACUAUCAGGACUACAGAAUCAGUCUGAAUGGGACUUCGAGCAUCAACUUCACAAGCUACUGCGAUGUGGUUGUGGAUGGAAGGAACCAGAGCCUGAACGGCAGCGUGUUCCCCGAGCUGGUUCUGGAUGUUACACACACUCUGUGCUUUCUGGACAUGUCCAGCAUAACCGACAUUGGCCUACUGACAGGUUCCGCAGUGACUUGGUGGAUCGGGCUCGUGUUGGCCACUCUGCAUCUGUGGUACCUCAAUGUUUUCCGCAUCCAGAGAACCCAAGACCUGUUCAUCAGGAGGUUGUACGAGGGCGCGUUCAUCGAGCAGUCCCUGCUGCUCAACACCCGCUUCAACAUCCAGAACAAAAACAGGAUGAAGAAUUUUAGGGACCUGGAAGCAGUGAUGUUGUAUCUGUGUGCAACCAUGUGGCAUGAGACCUAUGACGAGAUGAUGAAUAUCAUCAUCUCAAUAUUCAGAUUGGACAGGUACAGACCAAAGACCGAGCCAACAUUCAAUGAUUUCACCUUCGAAGCCCACAUAUACUUUGACGAUGCAUUUGAAGACGCCGGGGGGAGUCAGGAGCGUCAUCUUAACGAAUACGCAAAGAACCUUGUGCAAGUCUUCAGAGAGGUUUACGGCAUCUUUACAAAUGUGGAUCAAGAGUUCUUCAGAAGGCAGCAUCACGUCCCUGAGCAGAAGAUCAUAAGGACACCGUACGGAGGUCGUCUCGUCAUCACCAUGCCUCACGGGAACCUCAUCAACGUUCACUUCAAGGACAAAGACCUCAUCCGCCAUAAGAAGAGAUGGUCUCAGGUCAUGUACCUUUACUAUCUUCUGGGCUGGAAACUCAUGUCCAAAUAUUACGCUCGCUGGCAGAAGGGAGAAGGAGAGAUAGAGCUGGGAGCUGAGGUCCAGAAAGAGAAGCACAACACCUACAUCCUGGCUCUGGACGGGGACACAGACUUCCAGCCGGCUGCUGUGUUGCUGCUCAUCGAUCGUCUGAGAAUGUACCCGCGUGUUGGGGCAGCUUGUGGCAGGAUUCACCCCACUGGAUCAGGUCCUGCAGUGUGGUUCCAAAAGUUUGAGUACUCCAUCAGUCAUUGGCUGCAGAAGACGGCCGAGCACGUGAUCGGCUGUGUGCUCUGCAGCCCCGGCUGCUUCAGUCUGUUCAGAGCAGAGGCGCUGAUGGACGACAACGUGAUGAGGAGAUACUCCACUAAGUCCACAGAGGCGAGCCACUUCAUCCAGUACGACCAAGGUGAGGACCGCUGGCUCUGCACUCUGCUGCUGAAGCAGGGAUGGAGGGUGGAGUACAACGCAGCAUCUGAUGCCUACACCAAUGCACCUGAAGACUUCAAAGAGCUGUACAACCAGCGAAGGCGAUGGGGACCAUCCACAUUGGCCAACGUGGUGGAUCUGCUGGGCGCCACCGCGACUGUCUCCAAGAAGAACUUAUCCAUCUCCAAACCCUUCAUGUUCUACCAGCUCUUUAACCUGGUCUCGGCCAUUCUGGCGCCCGCCACCAUCUGCCUUAUGGUUGCAGGUAGUCUGGCCUUCAUCUUUGAAAUUCACUCCGGUGGUGCUCUGGUCAUAGCUGUGAUACCUCCAAUCAUUUACCUGAUUCUUUGCUUCAAGCUCAAGUCAGACACCCAGAUCUCCGUGGCAGCAGUUUUAAGUGUCAUUUAUGCAUUCCUCAUGUUGGUGGUGACAAUGUCCAUUAUCGGUGCAAUGGUGAAGGACAAUACCAUCCUGACACCCAGCAGCAUUUUUAUCCUCACCAUGGCCGGCAUCUACGUCAUCACCGCAAUCAUGCAUCCUGCGGAAUUCCCUCUGGUGUUCUACGGCUUGCUCUACAUCCUUUGCAUUCCCAGCGCCUACCUCCUGCUCACCAUCUACUCCAUGGUCAACAUGAACAACGUGUCCUGGGGCACCAGGGAGACGAAACCUGCUGCUGGGGCUGCCACAACCGCAGUCACCACCACGCAGACAAAGACACAGAAAGCCAAAAGCACCCUCCAACAGUUCUUCUCGUCGAUUAAAUGUUGUAAAAAAUCCAAUCAGAUGCCUCAACAACAACAGCUCAGUGUCAGUCAGGAGAGUAUGAACCCAGAGCCUGUACAGGCCGAGCCACAGCCCCAAAACACCAUUGUUGAAGAUGUGAGGAUCCCAGAGGAAGAGCAAAAGCAAAUGUCAGCUGCUGUCAACUCUCCGAGCCAAUGUUGGGUCACACAACUACAGGAGCUGUCCACAGACAUGCCCCUGCAGGAGGACUCACUGAAUGAGGAGGAGAAGCAGUUCUGGAUGGAUCUUCAGGAGAAGUACCUCAAACCUCUGCCCGUUGACAAGGAAAAACAGAAACAGAUCACCAGUGACCUGAAGGAACUUAGAAACAAGAUCAACUUUGCCUUCUUCAUUUUGAAUGCCCUGUGGCUGGUGGCGACCUUCACCCUCCAAGUCUUUGAAGCCGCCUUCACCAUCAAAUUCCCAAAAGUCGGGCUCGACCUCAUAAAAAACGGAGAUGUGACAGUCGAUCCUAUUGGCUUCAUGUUCAUUUUUGGAUUUGCUACAUCGGUCAUCAUCCAGUUCUUAGCCAUGUUUUCACACAGAGUCUACACCCUGAUCCAUUAUGUCGCCUUUAUGGACACCGAGGCCAAACAGCAAAAUCGUGGAAAACAAAAAUACCUGGAAGGCAAAAAGGUCAAUUUGGUCACUGAAACCAACUCCAACACCGACUCCAUCGCAGAGUCCACCCUCAACGUCGACUCAAUCUCCAGCGCCGACUCCACCUCCAGCGCCAACUACCAGGAGGACUCGGAGGUCGAGGACAGCGACUUUGACUCUCGAGUUUGAGUAAACAGACUCUCUGCACGACCGGAACACUUUAGCACUUUGAACUUUCCACUUUAAUGAUGUUUUUACUAGCGUGUGUUAUUUAAGUAAAGUUUACUUUUUUACUAAUUAAUUUAUUCAUAGAAGCUUUUAUUGAACCAGUAAGCAGAAAAUACCUGAAUGAAAAGAAAAAUAUGAAAACAACUCAGGGUCAGAGCAAGAAACACAAACAGUGUUGUUGUUGUUGUUGUGUGAAUGAAAGCACCAGACAACAAUGUUAGAGCUAUUUAUGAAGGACCUGUUUACUCUUGAGUUUGCUGCUUCUGUAUUUAAUGCAUGAUGUGAGGAGGAAUGAAUGAAGUUUAGAAAGACACUUUCUGUGUCCACCGACGUAAUGAAGGUCUUUUAAUGAUGAACGCACAGCGUUAGACCCAAGACUUCUGAAGGAAGGGCCGGGGCCCUUAGUGCGCAUGGUGCAAGCUGACCACCAGGCCCCUGUAUGCUUAUAUUGGCGUGCGAACCACUAGGGCCUCCCACUACCCGUCAGCACUUACAAUUUGCGGGUCCCUGAGCCCCAUGGUGUUUAAAUCAUAAGCUGAGCCUAUGUUUUAGGGGGACACGGGCGGGAUUUGUCCCGAUGCUGCCAACGGUCAGUCUAACUGCGACAGAUGGGUCAAAGUUUUUGUAAGCGAGCGAGCGAGUGAGAGACAAAGAGAGCAAAGAGUGCUGCACACAGCUCUACAAACACUAAGUUGGAGACUAUUUUUGUUGUGUAAUGUUUUUCUAUCAUUUUAAUGCACGUGAGGGAUAUGCAUCGAUGCUUUAUUUUGAUAAUCUGACUCUUUAAACUGUUUUUUAGAGCAUUUUUGUGUAGUGAUCUCUACUUCUACUGUCUUUGUAAGAUGUCUGGGAUGAACACGUCGGCUUAAAGCUGAAAUUUAUACAUCUGAGGAGGCUACUGGCCACAAAAACUGUAAAGAGCUUUGGAAAAUAUAGAAUAGGAACUAUUUUUGAACGAAAAAAUGAGAAAAAAAAUAUGUUUUUACGUUGUGUAAUUUUACCUUUUACGCAAUAACAAGCUAUGUGUUACUAUGUUUAUGUAUUGAAGUACUUUAUGAUGACGUUUUUGAAAUACAUUUUAAAUAUGAUUAUAUUUGAGAUAACCUGACUUUUUUUAAUGUAGAUGAACAAAAACAGAAUACUAAUCAUUUCUUAGUCGUAAAUGUGCAAUAUUUCUCCCCAACAUAUUCAACAUAAAAGUGAAAGCAGACAGAAUCAAAUAGUUUUACAUUUUGUUCUUUUUUGAGUCACAAAAUAUUUUUAGACAUUGAGGUUUAACCUCACUAAUCCAAAUUUAGAACAAAUCGCUGUAAGACUGUGAUGACAUUGUUCGCAAUGUACUGUAGCUACUAAACUAAGCUA